AUGAAGAUUUCAGCUAAACCAGAAUCGUCGAAACAAUUUAAGUUUAAAGGUAAUCAAAUCCAAUUCGAAUUUAACCAAAAAUUAGCGGAAGAUUUGGAAGAUGUUAUCGACCUUAUCAAAGAAGGUUCUGUAUCAAGAUCAACAAAACAUUUAGCAGGAAUAAAACUCGAAAUCACGAAGCAAAACAAGCUAAUAAAAAUGGCGGAUAGAUCACCAGCAGGAUGGGCCACUGUAAAAGAGUACUUAUCUGAUGAAUCAGCAAGAGAUUCAGAUGACGAAAAACGGAUAAAAUCGGCUGAGUCAAAAGCACUGGCAAAAAAAGAAAGCAAAGGUAAAGCCAAAGUCCUUCUACCCUCCACGUUUCAGCCCUAUGCACACCCAACUAAUGUCCUCGUCGCCACCUAUGCCAAACCAUUUCCAAUCACAAAGAUUUGCAUUUUCAAGAGAACCAUCUCAACCCGUACAGAUUCCAAAGUGCAAGAUCAAUGUGCUUCGGUUGUGGCAAGACUGGACACUGGAGAAAAGACUGCCCAAACGUUAUCGGCCAUAAGCAAGUCUAAAAAAAAGACAAUAGACAAGUGUUUAAAUUUUGAUAACAAUGUAAGAGAUGAGGAAACGUACGAAUUUUGUGUAUAUAAAAAGACGGCUGGAACUAGAGUUAAGGGUAGGCUCAAGAAAAACUUAAAAUAUUGGCAAACCAUCAGCUGUAAUACGACUAUUCUCAAAAUUAUCAAGGAAGGCUAUACUAUUCCCUUUUUCACGGCACCACAAAAACAAACUUUUUCUAAUAAUCAAUCUGCUAUAACAAGUUUGGAAUUCGUCAAUGAAGCGGUACAAGAGCUUCUUGAUACAGGUCUAAUUAAGGUAGUGUCUUCUGCACCACAUGUUGUAAAUCCCCUUUCAGUCAGUACCAAAGGAGGAAAAAGUAGACUAAUUCUCGAUUUAAGGUAUUUAAACCAGCACAUUUACAAAGAAAAAGUUAAGUUUGAGGAUUGGAAGGUGGUAAGGGAAUUUCUAACUGCACAAGGGUACAUGUUUAAGUUCGAUAUAAAGCAGGGCUACCAUCACAUUGAUAUUUCAGAAGAACAUCAGAAUUUCUUGGGGUUUUCAUGGGUCAUAGGUGGAAAGGAAAGAUACUUUGUUUUUACAGUAUUACCGUUUGGGCUUUCUCCGGCCCCGUUUAUUUGUACAAAAACAAUGAGAGUUUUUAUAAGAUAUUGGAGAGAAAAUAUGAUCAAAAUUGCGAUAUUUAUUGACGAUGGUUUUGGCACUGAUAAAAAUUAUAAAAAAGCAAAACAAGAUGCCCUGUUUGUUCAAAAAACUUUACAACUGUCGGGUUUUGUGGAAAAUGCAGAAAAAUCAGUGUGGGAUCCUAAACAGCAGUUAAAAUCUGUCAAAAUAUAA